ACAAAGCAGUUAGUGUAAUUAAAUACAUAGAGAUUUACCGUAUCAACGUAUGCACAUAUAACAUUAUACAGAUGUACAAUUUUAGGAAAUUCCAUGUAUCCCCGUGUUGGGGUGAUAAACUUUGAACUUUAAACCUUUUCCAUAAUAAAGUUUCUACUGCAAAAAAUUCCAAUAAUGACUAGUUUAGCAACACCCAGUUGCUUUAACUGCGCCCACUGUAAUUCCAUGGGCCUUGUAAGAGCACUGUCUCUAUUAAAAUAUGAUGUUAUCAAACAUUUAUGGCUUGAAGGGGAAAAAUGUAAUUGCUUGUUUUGAUAUUAUCUGACUAUGCUACCUUUUAAUCUGCCUUUUCUAUGUUUAGUAUCCAGUCAUUUUAAAGUAAAAGAAAAAAAAUGAAUGCCCUCGAACUGAAAAUCAAGGUCACAUUGUAAGAGCAAAUCAAUCCUUGUGACUGAAUCCUGGGGGCUGUUACUUAGCAUUUAAAGAAAAUAAAUCAUGGGGAAGCGGUAAUCUGAAAUUUUUGAAAUUCGAAGGCCACUUUAAAUGUUAAGGUGGACUGGGAAGGUUGAAUAAACCACCAUUCCCACUUUUCUUCAGGCAUCUUGAAACUCUAAACAUUUAAAUAAAAAAUAAGAUGAAAGGGAACAAGGGGCACAUCUCAGUUUUUUUUUUUUUUUUUUUCCUUAGGUAGGUGUAAAAAUUGAGCCAAACUAUUUCACCGAAAAGACCUUCUUCUCCGGCUUGCGCGGAUGAUCAACCCUACGAAAGUAAUUUUUGGAGCACACUACCAAAUACGCUCGUUGCAAAACUUUUACGGAAGCUCUUCGUUUUUAAUAAGCACACCAUUACUUUUAUUUUUCUCUCCAAUGACCUCAGAUAUCUAGAACAAGGAUGGGCUCCCCUCCGAUUUCGUUCACGAUCCACCCAAUGUGAGGCCGGAUGCUAAUUAGUUGCGCUCCCCCGAUGAACACGCCUUUGUCGCUGCAGGCGACUACAGAGCCCAGCCGGACUACAAAGCCCAGAAUGCCUCGCCCCUCCCUGAUCAAUGAGGGCUUAUUUAAAUGAUCUCUGAGGUCUUGGACCCAGGCCAAUCAGCUGUCAGGGCUCAUGAUAAAUCGCAAUGCAUUAUUGAUAAUAAUAAUUACUGGGACAUGCGCGUUCCGGCCGAAGGGGGGUAAAUUUCCUAACUCCAGGAAUUUGUGGCGGAGUGGGCAAAUUACCGCGGCUCUCCAGGCGCCCCGAUGCUCGCACAAUGUCGAGGCGCAAGCAGGCGAAACCCCAGCACAUCAACUCGGAGGAGGACCAGGGCGAGCAGCAGCCGCAGCAGCCGGCCCCGGAGUUUGCAGAUGCGGCCCCAGCGGCGCCGGCGGCGGGGGAGCCGGGUGCGCCAGUGAAUCACCCAGGGAAUGGCCGUGAAGCCAGUGGAGAUGGGGCGACAGUAAAGAGGCCUCGUCGCGAGGAGACUCACAUCUGCGAGAAAUGCUGCGCGGAGUUCUUCAGCUUCUCUGAGUUCCUAGAACAUAGGAAAAAUUGCACUAAAAAUCCACCUGUCCUCAUCAUGAGCGACAGUGAGGGGCCAGUGCCUUCAGAAGACUUCUCCGGGGCCGUGCUGAGCCACCAGCCACGCAGUCCCAGCAGUAAGGAGGGUCCCGCGGGGGAAGGAGGCAGCUCAGGGGACGUGAAAGAGAAGUUGGGCACAGAGUCUGUUGUGUACUUGAAGACGGAGACCGCCCUGCCCCCCGCGCUCCAGGACAUAAGCUAUUUACCCAAAGGCAAAGUGGCCAACACGAACGUCACCCUUCAGGCACUACGGGGCACCAAGGUGGCGGUGAACCAGCGCAGCACAGACGCGCCGCCGGCCCCCUUGCCCGGCGCGCACGGCAUCCCAUGGGUCCUCGAGCAGAUCCUGUGUCUGCAGCAGCAGCAGUUACAGCAGAUCCAGCUCACCGAGCAGAUCCGCGUGCAGGUGAACACGUGGGCCUCCCACGCCCUCCACCCUGGCCUGACGGGAGCCGAUGCCCUCAAGACGCUGGGCGGCCACAUGUCCCAGCAGGUGUCUGCAGCUGUGGCUUUGCUCAGCCAGAAAGCUGGAAGCCAGGGUCUGUCUCUAGAUGCCUUGAAACAAGCCCGGCUACCUCAUGCCAACGCGCCGUCCGCCCCCAGCCCCGUGUCCCAGGGGCUGACGCCCUUCUCCCUGAAGCCCGACGGCACGAGGGUGCUGCCCGGCGUCAUGUCGCGCCUCCCCGGGGCCCUGCUACCGCAGGCCCCUGGCUCUGUGCUCUUCCAGAGCCCUUUCUCCACGGUGGCAUUAGACCCAUCCAAGAAAGGGAAAGGGAAGCCCCCAAACGUCUGCCCGGUGGAUGUCAAAUCCAAAGACGAGGCCGCCCUCUACAAGCACAAGUGUAAGUACUGUAGCAAGGUUUUUGGGACUGAUAGCUCCUUGCAGAUCCACCUGCGCUCCCAUACUGGAGAGAGACCCUUCGUGUGCUCUGUCUGUGGCCACCGGUUCACCACCAAGGGCAACCUCAAGGUGCACUUCCACCGGCACCCCCAGGUGAAGGCGAACCCCCAGCUCUUUGCCGAGUUCCACGACAAAAUGGCGGCCGGCAAUGGUGUUCCCUAUGCACUCUCUGUUCCUGUCCCCAUAGAUGAAACGAGCCUCUCUUUAGACAGCAAACCUGUCCUUGUAUCAGGGACCUCCACUGUAGGGCUACCUCAGAAUCUCUCUUCGGGGACUAACCCCAAAGACCUCCUGGGUGGCCCAUUGCCCAGCGACCUGCAGCCCGGGCCUUCUCCAGAAAGUGAGGAUGGGUCCGUACUAUCUGGGGUGGGGCCGAACCCUAAUUCCCCAAGGGUUGGUGGCUUUCAAGGGAGUGGGACGCCCGAGCCAGGGUCAGAGACCCUGAAAUUGCAGCAGCUGGUGGAGAACAUUGACAAGGCCACCUCCGACCCCAACGAGUGUCUCAUCUGCCACCGUGUCCUGAGCUGCCAAAGCUCCCUCAAGAUGCAUUACCGCACCCACACUGGGGAGAGGCCCUUCCCGUGCAAGCUCUGUGGGCGGGCUUUCUCCACCAAGGGCAACCUGAAGACACACCUUGGGGUUCACCGAACCAACACGUCCGUAAAGACACAGCACUCAUGCCCCAUCUGCCAGAAGAAGUUCACCAAUGCUGUCAUGUUGCAGCAGCAUAUUCGGAUGCACAUGGGUGGUCAGAUUCCCAACACACCCCUGCCGGAGAAUCCCUGUGACUUUGCGGGUCCCGAGCCAGUGAUGGUCGGUGAAAACGUCAGCACGAGCGCCAUCUGUCACGAGGAUGUUGUCAAAAGCAUCGAUGUAGACGAGGUCGGCCCCCAGGACGCCCCCAGUGGCUCUGCGAAGGCCCCCGUGUCUCUUGGCAGCAUCCACUCGCCAUCGCCUACUCUCGGGUUUGCCGUGAUGACUUCCCUGGAGGCCACGGGGAAAGCGGGUCCCGCUCCUCUCGUCCUGCAGCGGCAGAGCAGCAGGGAAAACGGUUCGGUCGAGAGUGAUGGCUUGACAAAUGACUCCUUGUCCUCAGUGAUGGAAGACCAGGAGUAUCAGAGCCGAAGUCCAGAUAUCCUGGAGACCCCGUCCUUCCAGGCACUGUCCCCAGCCAAUAGCCAAGCAGAAAGUAUCAAGUCCAAGUCUCCUGAUGCUGGCAGCAGAGCAGACAGCUCCGAGAACAGCCGCACUGACGUGGAAGGUCGGAGCAGUCUCCCAUCCACAUUUAUCCGAACCCAGCCAACCUAUAUCAAGGUUGAAGCUCCUAAUACAUAUGUUGGAUCCUCGGCCAUGUCCCCCGGCCUGACACCUUUGUUAGCGGCCCAGCCACGUCGACAGGCCAAGCAACAUGGCUGCACGCGGUGUGGGAAGAACUUCUCCUCAGCGAGCGCCCUUCAGAUUCACGAGCGGACCCACACCGGGGAGAAGCCUUUCGUGUGUAAUAUUUGUGGGCGAGCUUUCACCACCAAAGGCAAUUUGAAGGUCCACUAUAUGACACACGGGGCCAACAAUAGCUCGGCGCGCCGUGGGAGAAAGCUGGCCAUCGAGAACACCAUGGCUCUGUUAGGAACAGACGGAAAGAGGGUCCCCGAGAUGUUUCCCAAGGAAAUCCUGACCCCUUCGGUGAGUGUGGACCCUGGCGUGUGGAAGCAGUACACCACCAUGCUCAAUGGCGGUCUGGCCAUAAAAACCAACGAGAUCUCCGUGAUUCAGGGCGGCGGCAUUCCCACCCUCCCCGUCUCCCUGGGGACCAGUUCCGUCGUGAAUAAUGCUGCCAUCUCCAAGAUGGAUGUCUCCCAGUCUGCCGUCAGUACAGAAGUGGAAAAGCCAGGUGCUGCUGACAGCGUCCCCAAACACCAGUUCCCCCACUUCCUGGAAGAAAACAAGAUUGCGGUCAGCUAAAGCUAGAGAGCCCCUGCCGACGGAGAAAUGCAGAGUGACCUCUAAAACUGUGUCUGUUUGUGUUUUAAAGAAUCCAUCUCCUCCCAUUUGUUUUCUUACCCAUGUGCAAAUGAUGUUUACAGUUAUGACCACGACUCGACCUCAGGCAAGUCCUACAAAUCACAAUGUGGCUAUGCUGCUUUGCAAAAAAAAACAGAAACAAACAAAAAAAAAGGAAAAGAAAAAAAUCAUAAAGACAGACUAAUGUUUUGUUUUGUUUUUAAUUUUGGAAAGAAGCGGGUCUUGCAAAGUAGCUUUGUUACUUGUGACAAACUGUACACUUAAAACCUUUGUAUAACCUAGAAUAACUUUCCAAAGAUUCACCUAUUUCAAGUUUGAACUUAACCACAAUGGAAAAGACAACUACUAACCCGAAUGGGGUGGGGGGAGAGGGACUGUAUACUUCUGUGGUGACUGUAUGCGGGUAAAUAAAUGGACAGGGUCUGUCCUCUAUUUAGGGACCUGUUUUGUAUGCCCCUCCAGCCCUGCAGCCAUCUUUUUUGUUUUUUCUUUUGAAUGUACUUUUUUUUUUAAACUAAGGUUGUAGAAUUACAACAUUUCUUCAACCUUGGAACCUUAAGUAGGAUGCCCUCCAAUGGACUGAUUUUAGUCCUUAGGGAGUCAAUGUGUGUAUUGCUGCUUAUUUAAAUACAGUUCAGUUGGACCCCCUAGAGUGCCAAUGUACCCCCUGUGCUUUCCAGAUGCUUCCUUCUUCCUGACCACCAGGAGGGGUGGGCACCUGAGCAGGGAAUCUCAGGUGACUUGAUUUGUGGUUCGCUGGUGCCUACUCUUGUUGAGGAACUUGGGUUCCCAUUCUUGAAGAAACGCAUGGAAGGGCGUGCUUCUUAUAUAGGUUCACAUUCUGAGUUUAAAAAAAAAAACUUGCUUGGUGCGAUUUAGGCCAAGGAUUUAUGAAGAUUUAUUUUUUCUUCUUCUGAGUAUUGCAUGAAGGCUACAAAGUUGGAACAGGCAAGUCCUGGGUGUGAAAGCUUUAAUUUAUCUACCUCAUUUAUUUUUAUUUGCGUAGCCAUAGUCUGUAUUUUCCUUAUUUUAUGACCGCUGAAGUGUUCCUAGACUCUAGUCGUAAACCUAAGAGUUGAUGUAUUGGUGGGAGCAGCUGGGCAUAAAAGAUGUUUCUGUGAUUCUUUUUUCGUUUUUAAUCCCCUUUUUGUAUAUGUAACAGUAAGCAAAUGAUGACACGUUGCUCUAAUAAUGGUUUAAGGAAUAUGAAAGGAAGACCCUAAUUUGGGGGUGGAGAAGUCUUUCCCUCUAUGUGUAGAAGUGGAUCAAGACUGUUACCAAGCGUUUGCCUCACAGUUAUUGCACCUGACUUUAGGAUUCCCCCUACCCUCUUUUUUUUUUUUUUUGCCAAGUUGUGCCUUCUGGAAUUGUAAGUGAACACAAUAAUAUUACCUGUUUACACUGUGAAGUGGAUAUUGUUACAAAGAACACACCAGAGGCUUUCCUCACUGUUAAACUAAUAAUGUAUUGUGAAUGUAUGAUCUAUGGAGAAAUCCCUGUAGUUUUACCUGCUGAUGCUGUUUGUUGGAGAAUAAAUUUUGGAUGUGUUUUUUCCCCCUUAUGUGUGUAUAUAAAUUUUUCUGGUAGUUUCUGCCCAAAACCUGAGAGUCCUUACUUGAUAAUCUUUCCCAGGUGCCUCAUGACCCUUUAAGUCCUAAAAUUAAAGGUGCACGUCUGAUUACACCCAUGCUUAUUAGCAAGCACACACAAAAAUAACU